CCUUGGCUCGACAUGGAUGGGGCAUUCUUCACCAUUGCAUGCAAGGAGGGAUCAAGUGAGCUAUGGCAUCUUGAUUUCGUCGAUGACGGGAGACUCUAUGCCCUCCUCUUCUGCGUGGGACCCCCUGGAGGCUGGGUCGGUGGUGACCUGGACCUUGCACAACUUUAUGCCAGGAUCCCGCUCGGGCAAGGCACACUGGUGGCGUUCCUUGCCCGUAAUCUUGUCCAUCGAGCUACUGCGGUGACUAGUGGU